CCUUUUUUUUUUUAUUUUUUAUUAUUAUUAUUAUUCUAUUUUCUCUGUUUCUUUUACAAUGUUUUUUAGUUUUCAUCUAAAGAAACCUCUUCUUUUACCUUCCUUACUUUAUACUAAACCUUGAAAAACAAAAGCAUUAUAUCUUUUUUUUUUUAUAUAUCUGUUUUUCAAACUAUUCAAUGUAUCAAAGUGGAUACCAUCAAUCUACUUCUAAUUCAAUAGAAAACCGUCAAUAUAUAUCUUUAGUCAAUGAAGAAGAACAUAACCAACAGUCUUCCAUUAUACAACCACCUUCUUCUCCAACUUUAUCCAGUUACAACUAUGAAGAAACAAAUCAAUGGUUAAAGAACUAUCCAAACCAACAACGUGAAUUAUUGGCUCAUAAACAACAAUCUAUUAUUUCAAACCAUUAUUCAACUUUACAAGGACCUAUUCCUUUUCAAAAUCACUGGACAACUGAACUACGCGAAAACCUUUUACAAUAUGCUCAUACACUUUAUUCAACUACACCAACAAAUCCUUUACUUUUAUCAUUAUUACAUUCAAUACACGACGCUUAUCCAGCACAUUUACCUACAUUAUUACUAUUAGCUUGUGUUUAUUACUCUCAUCAAGAUUAUGCCUCUUCUCUACGUUACAAUCAACUCAUAUUAAAAUAUGAUCCUCAUUAUGUUGAAGCUAUGAGUAAUAUUGGUACUACAUUAAGAAUCCUUGGUCAAACUUCUGAAGCUGAAAAAUGGUGGUAUCAAGCUGUACGAUUACGUCCUGGAUAUUGGGAUGCUGUCGAAAAUUUAGUUGGUAUUCUUUGCUCUACUCAAAUCCCAAAUUUGACAACUCGAUUUCAAGAAGCUCUUGAUGUUUGUAUUUUUGUAGAAGAUCAUUUUUAUAAACGUGACAAAACAACAACAAUAAUAAAAAAGAAUCCUAUCUCUGCUCCCAAACGAUUACCAUCACUUCAAAUGCCAAGACUUCAAAAUUUAUUUUAUGCAAUGGGUAAUCUGAAAUCUGCAAUGGGUGAUAUCCUUGGUGCUCAACUGGAAUACGAAAAAGGAUUGGAACUUGUUUUUGGUGGUUCAAGUUUAGUAUCCGUUAUUCAUUUAUUGGUUUUAGUAUGUGGAUCUAAUACUGUUCAAAUGAAUGAAUCUUCUUUACCUUUGGUACUAUUACAACCUGAUCAAGCAAUACAAAUAUUACAAUUGAUGUAUCCUCAUACAGCUGGUUUAUUACCUGGAUUGGUUGGAUUAAGUAUCAAUGCAAACAAACAAUCUUUAGAUAAUACACAAUCACUUUUAGCAGCAAAUGCAUUACGACAAACUAUGCAAACAACUUCAACUAUCCUCUUGAAUUUAGCAAAAUUAUUACAAGAUCGAAUGAACUCGCCAUUGAACAUCGAUGAUAAAAAUACAACAACAAUUGUUACCAGUCCCUCAUUGUCAAUUAUAUUACCUCUUUAUUAUUUUAGCUUGGCAUUGAAUCCUAGUCCAUCUACAGCAAAUAACCUUGGUAUUCUUCUCAGCAAUCUCAAUGGUUCUGUUACUUCCAAUGCCAUCCAGUUGUCGAAUUCACCACCAUUACCCGGUACAAUACGAGCAAUGCAAUAUUAUAUGUAUGGUUUAGGACUUGAUGCUCGACAUCCUCAUCUAUAUACAAAUCUUGGUUCAUUAUUAAAAGAUAUGGGUCAUCUCCAAGAAGCAAUUUGUAUGUACGAAAAGGCUGUAGAAUUCAAUCCCAAGUUUGAUGUUGCUUUGGCUAAUCUUGGAAAUGCUAUCAAAGAUCAAGGUCGAGUACAAGAUUCUGUUCAAUUUUAUCGAAGGGCGGUACAAGCAAAUCCUGGUUUUGUUGAUGCUAUUUGUGGAUUAGUGAAUUCUCUCGGUGGUAUCUGUGAUUGGCGUGGAAGAGGUACUGUAGACUCCAAUAUGGAAGCAACUGUGGAUGAAGAUGGUCAUUUUAUACCUGCUGGUCAAAAGAAACUCCCUGGAUGGAUGAAUCAAUUGGUUCAUAUUGUGGAAAAACAAUUGGAUGAAGGUCAUACUUGGGGUAAACAUAUUUUACAAUAUCCAGUUCAUCAUCCAUCAUCUUCAACGUCCGAAACAAUGAUGACAGUUGGUGAAUAUUUGGUUCAUCAAUUGGCAAGGUUUACAACAACUACUACUUCCUACAUAUCAACCAAUGACAAAAGAGACACUGCAUUGCGAUUACAACGCUGGAAGAAACGGCUUGAACAAUGGACAUCAAACAAUGAAGAUGACAAACGGAAUGAAGGUGGAUGGUUGAUGCGACUAUUCGAAAGAUUGAUACGACGUAUGCAGCGACAUUGGUAUCUUCAGCAAUUUGGUGCCAUAACAGAAACAAAUCAACCUCAAAAGGCUAUUGUAGUAGAUGAUCAACUUGCACAGCAAUAUCAACGACCUCAUAUACCUACUUGUUUGACAUCACCACCUAUACCAACCGUUUUACCAUUUCACACAUUUACCUAUCCUCUUACUGCAAGGCAAAUCCGACUUAUCUCUCAUAGAAAUGCUUUGCGUAUCUCACAUACAACACUGACUUCCUCUUGGCUUGCUCCUCAUGUUUAUCCUCCUCCUCGUCCACCGUGUCCUCGCCUUAAAAUUGGAUAUGUCUCAUCUGAUUUCAACAAUCAUCCUUUAGCACACCUGAUGCAAUCUGUAUUUGGAUUUCAUGAUAGAAAAUAUUACGACAUUCAUUGUUAUGCCACCACACCAACAGAUUCGACUUGUUAUCGACAAAAAAUUGAAACUGAAACGGAACAUUUUUUGGAUGUAUCUCAAUGGUCUAAUCAACAAGUGGUAGAAAGGAUUGUCAACGAUGGUAUUCAUGUCCUUGUCAAUUUGAAUGGAUACACAAAAGGUGCUCGAAAUGAAAUCUUUGCUGCUCGACCUGCUCCUGUUCAAUGUUCUUUUAUGGGUUUUGCUGGUACUCUUGGUGGUGGAUGGUGUGAUUGGAUUAUAGCUGAUUCUAUUGUUUGUCCUCCUGGAAUGGUGAGCUGUGAAGUGGAUCGCAAACGACGACGACAACGACAACAUCAACAAUAUAAUGUUUUUAUCAACAAUGAUGAUAUUGUACAUUAUAGUGAUUUGGAAGGCGAUGUGGAUCCUGAAGAACCAAGUGAUGAUUUUGUUUAUACUGAAAAAUUUAUUUAUAUGCCACAUUCUUAUUUUGUCAAUGAUCACAAACAAGGUUUUCAAGAUCAAGCUGUUUUAAACAACAACAACAAGGAUGACAAUAAUAAUAAUAAUAAUACAACAUGGAUGGCAGAAUUGAAUCGAAGAAGAACAAUGCGACAUGAAGUAUUUCCUGGAUUACCGGAUGAUGUGGUGAUAUUUGCUAAUUUCAACCAACUAUACAAAUUAGAACCUUCCACUUUUCGACUCUGGCUUAGAAUACUUGAACGUGUACCAAAUUCUAUUCUUUGGCUUUUACGAUUUCCUCCUGCGGGUGAACAACAUUUGAAACAGUGUACAAAGGAUUGGGUUGGGGAACAUGUGGCGAAACGAUUAUUCUUCACCGAUGUGGCACCAAAACAAAUACAUAUUUAUCGUGGUCGAGUGGCAGAUAUCUUUUUGGAUACACCUGAAUGCAAUGCUCAUACAACAGCAGCAGAUAUUUUAUGGUCUGGAACACCCAUGUUGACUUAUCCAAAAUAUGAACAUAAAAUGUGCUCUCGUGUUGGUGCAAGUAUUGCCUAUGCUACUGGUUAUGGUGAUGAAAUGGUGGUGACAUCAGAAAAAGAAUAUGAAGAACGUGCUGUUCAAUGGGCUCAAGGAUUAUUAUCUUUAGGAAAUCAACAUGGAUCAUUGAUGGAUUUACGGAAACGUCUUUUUUUGACAAGGGAACAUAGUCGAUUAUUUGAUACUGAACGAUGGACAAGAAAUUUAGAACGUGGAUUACAUGAAGCUUGGCGUCGAUGGGUAACUGGACAAGAAAUGGAAGAUUUAUCUCCUUCUUCUUUAAAUCAUUCUGGUUGUAUUUGGAUUAUAGACCCUGAUGAUAAAAAGAAUGAAUCAUCAAACUUGGAUUUGUAGUUUAGUCUUAAUUUUUUUUUUUUAAUACUUAUUCCAAAUAAAAUACUUUUUGAACAAGGU